GAGCUAAACCGUGUCUGUUCUGUUGGUGGGAUGGGAAUAGGUUGCGGUCUAAACUUGAAUCAUAACAAGAAAAAUAUAUUGGAUUUUUCGUUAACCCUUACUCAGUUUUUACCUUUGUUAGGUUAUGCAAAUGCUGAAGUUGAUGACCGAUGAUGCCGUAGAAUAACAAAAAAGUUUCUUCAUUUUCGUUCUCUUGAAAUGAAGCUAACAUUAGGCAUUGUAUAUCGUCCUCAUAGCUUCCCCAAACUCAAUUGUUUUUCUUUUGGCUCUCUGGGUAGACCCUUUUGCUCUUCAGCACCGUCAUCUUCCCCGACUUGUGUGAAACCUCAAGUUCCCCUCUAUUUGAGACCACCCAUUUACUCAACCAAGUUGUGUGACCUCAAGAAAUGGCACGAUUGGGCCAAAGGUCUUUCCUUUUCAAUUGGGUCGACUUUUGUGCAGUCAGAUAAUGGGCCAGACUCAAGCAUGCUCUGCAGGGAGCUCAAGUGGUUCAUGGAGGAUGCCGUUGAAGACCGCUCACUAGCUACGGAGGAUGAUGAAGAGGUUUCAAUGAGGGUUGAUAUAGAGGAGCUUUACAGUUUGUGGAAGCAAAGGGUCCAAGAGAGGAGACCCUUUCAGUAUGUGGUUGGGUGUGAGCAUUGGAGGGACUUGAUAUUGAGUGUCCAGGAAGGAGUUUUGAUUCCAAGACCGGAGACACAACUUCUUGUUGAUAUUGUGUCAGAUGUGGUGUCAGAGAAUGAAGAUUUGAGAAGUGGGGUUUGGGCUGAUUUGGGGACUGGAAGUGGUGCCCUUGCUAUUAGUAUUUGUCGGGUUUUGGGGAAAGAAGGAGGAAGAGUUAUUGCCACAGAUUUAAGCCCUGUGGCGGUUGCCGUUGCAACUUAUAAUGUGCAGAGGUAUUGCUUACAGGACAAAAUUGACUUAAGGGAAGGAUCCUGGUUUGAACCAUUGAAAGAUAUGGAAGGAAAGCUAACUGGUCUAGUGAGUAACCCACCUUAUAUACCAAGUGAAGACAUAUCUGGUCUACAAGCUGAAGUUGGUAGACAUGAACCGAGAUUAGCGUUAGAUGGAGGUAUUGAAGGAAUGAAUGCACUUCUCCAUCUUUGUGAUGGGGCUGCUUUAAUGUUGAAACCUGGUGGAUUUUUUGCUUUUGAGGUAUCAGAGCAUUCCUACUUUGUCUUUGUUGCUGGUGGCCGCCGGUGCAGCUCCAAUUGCCCUAGCUAAGUUCGUCUUUUAGAAUUCAGCUUUUAGAAUUCUGUUUUUUCUCAGCCUCAAGAUCAGGCUUAUAGUGCCUCGCCUGGCCAUGCCAUUUCAGUACCUGAAACUGGUGCCUUCCCUCCUCUAAUGCCCAAUCAUAGGCAUUCUCCAAUCAUCUGUAGAAUUCUUGUUCUUUGUUUUUCUGCUGUUCACUGCAGCUCUCCGCCGCCAGCUACCACCAUCGCUGGCCGUCCACCGUCGGCUGCCACUGCUACCAUCCACCGCCGCUGUCCACCGCCUCUGCCAUCUGCCGUCGUCCGCCGUCACAGUUUCGUCAAUCUAAACCCUUAGGGUUUUCUUGUUCCUCGUUGGUGCGAUUUGUCUUCUUCAGAGAUGGUGUUUGGCUGUACUUUUUCCUUUGAGAAGCUAAAUGGAAAAAAUUAUCUAUCAUGGUUUGUUGUCGUUGAAAUAUGGUUCCUUGGCUAAGGGCAUUAUAACCACCUUGAGCGAGAUGGAAGCCAUGUGCCUGCUGAGAAAGCUGAUCAGGGGAAACAUGAAGAUUUCCAGCUGUUCGUGCCUCUUUUGAAGGGCUUCUGCACCACCAAUGGUUUAAGUGGCUGUAACUUAGACCUAGGGUUUGGAUCCUAAGUCCUUCUCUUCUUGUUCGGACAUAAAAUUGUUCACAAGAAACUGAACCUUUGCUCUUGCGAGGGAUAAGCUGGUAGAUGACUCUGGAAAGGUAUUUUUUGUUCUCAACAGGGAAGUUUAGCAGACCGCUCUUGAUGCCAUUGCGUCACUUCUUUCUUCAAUCGUUGAUCGUUGUUGGUCACUUUCUUUUUGGGCUCGAGUCUAGUUUGUUUAGCCUGUACUUUUUGUGAUAUAGUGUUAAGUAUCACCAUUUAGGAGUAGUUAGCAGAACCUUUGGACCUGUCUUUGGCAUUUUAAUGUCAUCAUAAGUCCCAAUCUUUGUUCCUCGAAUCUGUCAUACUUACAGUGCUCGGUUCCUAGUGGUGUUUUGGUUUCUCCCAUCACCUCGUUUUUUUUUUCUCUUUUCUUAUGUGCCACAAUUAUUAAAAAGAAAAAAAGAAAAAAAAAAGUGCCUCUUCAGCAUUGAACAUCCUACACAAAACAACUAGAACGAGAAAAUUGAACAUUAUAAUUGGGAUCAACUAAUUGGCCAAUAGAAAUAAGAUUUGUAGAAAGAUUAGGAGACACAAAAACAUUAGGUAAAGAAGGGGAAAUAUCACCAAUAACACUAAUAGGUAAGGAGGUGCUAUCAACUGUGUGAAUUUGUUGAUUGUCAUCAUAAGUUUUCACAUUGGAUGGAGACACAAGAAUUUUUCAUAUGAUUAGACACUCCAUAAUCAAGGUACCAAGCUUGAAAAGAAAUGUGAGUAUUACCUAAAAGACCAAAGUCAGAAGAAAUAAACACAAUCAUCUGUUUGUACCAUUUAUGGAGUAAGUGUAUUUGCAUGAGGCGUAGGAACAAAAGCGGGAGUAGGCAAUGUAGCAGAACUUGAAGCACCAAUUAGGCAUGAUAAGCAAUUCCUUGCUUCUUUUCAGGACGAAUUGGACAAGAUGUGAUAAUAUACCCUCGCCACUUGCAGUAGUUACAAAACUUUUGUGUGCAAACCUUUGAAAUAUGACCAAAUCCUUUGCAACUAUAGCAUUGGACAGAUCACAUAUCUCUGGUUUUAUUCUUCCCUUGUGUUGCAUAGGCCACAUUAAUAGGAGUAGUAGACCUGGUGUUAUGUUCCAUGGCUGUGUGAGUUGCUACGCAUUGUUCCUCGCAAAGAAGUUCACUUGAGCAAGCAUCCAAAGUUGGCACUAGGUUGCAGUUCAUCAAAUUAGAACGAGUGGCUUCAAAGUCAGAUUGCAACAUCAUCAAAAAAUUAUCUCUUUUGCUGGUCUUCUGCACUGUUUGGACAGUAGAGAAGGCUGCACCAAAAAUACCAGAAUAAUAAUAUUGAAAUAUUCAGCCCAAAGAUUCUGAAAACUAGAAAAGUUUUCCUCAAUUGAUAGACUUCCUUUUGUGAAAUUAGCCAUCUCAUACUCCAAUUGAAACCUCCGAGUUGCGUUUUCAUUAUGAUAAAUCUUUUUCAUAUAAUCCCACAUGUCCUUAGGAGUGUUAUAAGGCCGCAAAUUAAGAAUCAAAUGAGGCUCAAUAGAGCUAAGUAUCCUUGUCAUGAUUUGGGCGUCAUUGGUUUCCCAUUUAGCCAAAUCUGCUGGACUUGUAGGUGCUGGAAUCUUUCCAUCAACAUGACCCCAUAAAUUUUUGCCUUUGACAAAUAGUUUAAAUUGAAAUUCCCAAGCAGAAUAGUUUUUGUCAAGCAGAAUAAUUUUUGUCAUUAAACCGAACAAGAUAGGAUUAAGAUUUAUCAUAAGGCAUGAUGAAGAAAAAAAGAAAACCUCCAAUUAGGGUUUCUGAUUUACUGCUUUUCAGAUUAUUGCAUUACAUUACUUGCAA